CAUUUCAAACCAAACUGACGCCCAUGUAAGCCAGUCAUUGUGAGAACUUUACUCUUGUCUCUGAUUCGUAGUUGAACCUUACAGUUAACAUAUCUUUACAGAACUGACUAAAUUGAUCACCGAAUCCAAAGUUACACAGCACACAGGACAAGUUUUGUCUAGAAAACACGUCCAAAAACAUGUUGCUUUGCAACCUUUUCAGGUGAACAUUUAAAGAUAUGCCGACAGCCACACCAAAAAUGGCAGCAGAUACAAGCUGCGGAAAAAGAGCCAGAAUGGAGUUGGUCCUGAUACCUCUGAAAUCCUCCUACAAAAUAAAACUGAGGUCGGCAAAUCGGCUGUUUGGUCUAACUAGUUUCAUACAAUGUGAAGGUGAAACAGGUUCAGAAUACCUGAAAUGGGUGUUAGGCUUUGUGUCCAUGAACAGACACAAGACUUUGAACUUGAAGAAUCCAGCUGGCGCCACAUGGAAGAUAGGAGACCUGGAUGAUACUAUUUAUAGUGGGGAAGAUUAUGAGGUGGAUGGUUGGGAAAAGUUUUACCUUCCUGAGAAAGUAAGUAUGCAGGUUGUAGGUGUAGUGAAGGGGAUCUCGUGCCCGUGUGACCAGCUUGUUCUGAUGACCUGCUCUGAGGACACACAGGUGUAUGCCUAUGAUGGAGAGAAGCUGCAUCUGGUGGCUUCAAGCCUGAAGCAGCUAAGGGACGAGGGAAUAAAGUACCCAGGGUCCAGGACCUAUUACAAUGGGGAGGCCUUCAAAGAUAUGACCGAGGAGGACUGGGACAAAGUGAAGAAAAGGCUGGACAAAGAGCACCAUAAACUGGUGAUGUCAAAAAAGACUGAAUUCCUCAAGAAUCUCAAAUCAAUCCAACAAAACCUAGGGAAGCCAGAGAUCCUCCAAGAAGAAAAUGAAAAGUCCACAGAGGCAUCCCAAGCUGGGACUGAGAACCCAAUUUCAGUCAAACCUUAAUCCCCUCUCUCCAACAGACCCUGCACAGCCUGUACAGCCUUCUUCUCUUUUCUUCAUUUUUAUUGCACAUCUUUUUAAAAUGCUGUUUUUUACAAAAUAUAUAUUGAAAAUCUACACUUUGAAAAUUAAUAAACAGUUGACAAAUGUAGAAAGUUUCA